CUGGUUAUUAAAUAUGGGAGACAAUUUGGGAGUAGUAAGCACUCUAUUUCACUCUAUUGUUUGUGUUGAACCUGUUUCCCCUUUCCGCAUCUCCUCCUGCCCUGUAUGACCCCAUGAAUCUGGGGACUCCCUCCCUCCUUAGAAAAACAUAUCCUUCCUGCACAGGGCAGGCCACCAGAGGAUAAAGGCAAACGUUAACUUUUAUUAGCCAGGCAGAUGUUAACUUGAGAACCGCCAAGCAGAAGGACAGGCAACAGUAGCAAAAUCUGCUGUUCUUCUCCAAACAGAAGGUAUUGGCAAUUUACAUGAAAUGCUUGCCAAAAUAUGCCAAUUACAAAACCAUGUUAUGCUUUAGGAAGUCUAAUCUUAUUGCAUAUCUUAACUGUAUUUUAAAUUCCUUUGGUUCCAUUCUGAAGCAAAUAAAGAAGACUUCUUGUGACUUACAAAGAUUAGAAAGAUCAUGUUACCGAACUGCCUAACACUGCCAAACUGAGGAAAGUGUCAGCAUCAUAGUCAUUCCUUAAAGGGGCAGAGCUCUCUUUAAUUCAUCCACUUGGUUUCAGUUAGCCUAUUCACUUCGCCCUCUGGAGCCCCUGGUGUUCCAAUCAAUCUUCAGGAGUAAUAUUUCCUCCCAAAAAAUAACAUUAUUCAGCCAGCAAAAAAUUAAGCAAUACAUUGCUAUAGAAGCAAAUAAAACCAGAUAGUCUUAAUAGCCAGUCUGAACUGGAAUCCAGGGUGUGAGCUUAUGUAAUUCCGGACUUUGUUCUUUCAUUAAAUAUCCUUUGCUGAGCAACAAAGAGCGUGCGAGAGCACUGUACUGAAUCUCAUCUUUAGAAGAGAUCUGGAUAAGGCACCAGCGAGAAGAAAGGAUGUCAAAGGAAUUUGUAGAGAAGUUCUUAGAGGAUGACAAGGAUAACAAUGAUGACCUGCUAUUUUCUUACAGAGGAGUUCUGUAUCCUAGUCGGCUUUGUAAAGUUGAGACUUUUGAAGCUCUUGAAGCCGUGGAAGCCAGAAAGGAUGAUGUCUUGAUAGUGGCUUAUCCUAAAUGUGGUACAAAUUGGUCACGAUAUAUUUUAAAUGAUGUGGUGGCAGAAAUUCACAGGGAUUUAACACCUCCAAAUAACUUUCAACUGCUUGAGUUUGGACAUCCAGAAAAAAUUAAGGAUAUAAACGAAUGGCCUUCCCCACGAGUAUUUACAACACAUCUCCUUUAUGAUAACAUUCCCAAAUCAUUUUUUGAGAAGAAGGUGAAGAUACUUGUGAUAUUUCGAAAUCCUAAAGAUACAGCUGUCUCCUAUUAUCAUUUUCAAAACAAAAAUCUUUUGCUCCCCAGUGUCGACUCCUGGGAUGAAUUCUUUCAAAAAUUCAUGAAUGGUGAAGUUGCUUGGCAAUCCUACUUUGAACAUGCUCUUGCUUGGGACAAACACAUGGAUGACGAAAAUGUCAUGAUCCUCACAUAUGAAGAGCUGAAAGAAAAUCUGUGUGAGGGAAUUAAACAAAUAGCUGAGUUUUAUGCAUUUCCUCUUUCUGAAGAGAAAAUUAAGUCUCUGGCAAGCAAAGCAACCUUCCAAGAAAUUAGAGACAGAGCCUCCCAAACCCAUGGUUCAAUUGCUCCUGUCAUUUUCAGAAAAGGUGAAGUGGGCGAUUGGAAGACAUUAUUCACGGAAGCUCAGAGCCAGGAAAUGGAUGCAAAAUUUGAAGAGUGUUUAGCAGGAACAAAACUGGGCAGAAGGCUAAGAUAUGAUAAAUACUGCAAAUUCUGAAGUUAUGCCUUAAUUUUUUUAAAAUAAUGUAUAUUGAACUAAGACUUGUAUGGCAAAAGUUUGUUAAUUUUUGAGAUAUAUCAAAUAAA